AUGAAUAUUGUCGAAUGGGCAUUUGGCAAGCGCAUGACGCCAGCGGAGCGUCUUCGCAAACACCAACGGGCCCUCGAUCGAACGCAGCGUGAACUGGAUCGCGAGCGCACAAAGUUGGAGAACCAAGAGAAGAAACUGGUGCAGGAUAUCAAGAAGAGCGCCAAGAAUGGCCAGAUUGGAGCUUGCAAGAUCCAGGCUAAGGACUUGGUUCGGACGAGACGGUAUAUCCAGAAAUUCUACCAAAUGCGCACACAAUUACAGGCCAUCUCGCUUCGCAUCCAGACCGUUCGGAGCAAUGAGCAGAUGAUGCAGUCGAUGAAGGGCGCAACGAUGCUGUUGGGCAGCAUGAAUAGGCAAAUGAACCUCCCGGCCCUACAGCGCAUCACGAUGGAAUUCGAACGCGAGAACGAAAUCAUGGAUGAACGACAGGAGAUGAUGGAUGACGCGAUUGAUGAGGCAACCGGCAUGGAGGAUGACGAAGCGGAAGGCGAGGAUAUUGUCAAGGAAGUCCUUGAUGAAAUCGGUGUCGACUUGACUCAGGCGCUGGGUGAGACACCGUCGGGCGAGAUACACAAAGAAACUACAGGCGGAACUCGGGUUGCUCAGGCUAUCGGCGGUGGUGGUGGGCCGGGUGACGCUGGUGAUGACGACCUUCAAGCCCGUCUGGACAGCCUCAGACGAUGA